UAGCCCCAAUCAGCAACUGAAAACACAAGGACGACUCGGGAAUGUUAUAUAAGUUAAUGUUCCUAUUAUUACCUUAUUCUACUACCAAGUAUAAAAAGGCUUUCACUAACACCUGGAAAUCACUGAAUCGGCUUGCUCCCUUCAACUAACUACAAGAAUGAUGAAAGUAUUGGUCGCCCUUAUUCCGCUGUUGGCCAUCUGCUCCGGCCAAUUCACCAACUUAACCAAUUCCCAGGAAUUGGACCCUGCAGGUAAUUUCCGCCUAAGUUGGGAAGUCAUCCCCGACACUGGAGACAUCGUUUUGGAGAUCCAAGCUAAAACCGCUGGCUGGGUAUCAUUGGAGAUUGUCACUGAUGACGGUAAAUACGCCGAUGUCAUUUUCGGAGGCUACAACGACGAGUUGAAUACUGGUUACAUUGAGGACUGGAGCCUUGAGUGGACUCCUGGUGCCCACUUGCUCCCCAUUCCUGAUGCCAACAAUGACAUCGUCUUGCAGAGUGCUUCUUACAGCGACCCAAACACCAUCCUCCGCGUUAAGCGAGCACUUAACACCGGAGACUAUUAUGAUGUGCCCAUUCACUCCGGAGUUAUGCCCAUGGGUUGGUCUUACAGCGCUUCAGAUGCUUACGACUCGGUCCAUGCUGCUGCCGGUUUUGUCUACAUCACUUUUUACUAACUAACUGUAAAAAGAAAUUCAGAAA